GAAAUUUAAAAUGAAUACCCAAACCCAACAAUCUUCUUCAAAAAGUCUACUAAAUAAUUGUCCUCACCCAACAGACAGUACUUGUUUCCCAACCUCAACAAUUCAAACGCCAACCAUUUUUGAAAGUAUUAAUGGGGCUAAUGAUUUGGAUAAAUUAAAAAUUUACAAAUACAAAAGUGUUUAUGGAGAAACUGUUAAAUGCCAAGUUAUUGCUAAAGAAGUAAAAGAAACUACAAAAAAUGAUAAAAGCCAACAAGAAUUGUCAAAAUAUGGAAAUGUUAAUAAAAGUGCUUCUCACUCAUUUUUGCCGGGAUUGGGCUGUGCUUUGGUUGCAUUGUUUGAAGGCAAAGGAAGUGAUCGAGGACAAAUUGGAAUGGCCACAUUUGAUUUAAAAUCUUCAGAACUUGUACUUUGCCAAUUUGUUGAUACAAGCUCUUAUUCUUUGCUUAAAAUUAGAUUGAGUCUUUGCGAGCCGUUGGAGGUUUUUUUUAAUUUUUUGGGGUAUUUUGGACUUUAG